GCGAAGAAAAAGAGGAAAAGUAAUAGUUUUUGGAAAGGAAUACAGCGCCAGCAGAUUGCCACGCUCUUGGAUAGUUUGUUUUGGAAAAACCUUGUACUUUUAGAGUAUCUUUAAAAUGUCGAAAAGAUUAAGAGUCUCUGAAGGGGAUUGGACGUGCUCAGAUGCCAGUUGUGGUAAUCUCAACUUUGCUCGAAGAACAAGCUGUAAUCGAUGUGGAAAGGAGAAAGGAAGAGGUGUGGAUAGGGUAAGGAAAAGUGGAUCAGAAAUUGGAAAACAUUUUGCUGAGAAAAGCAAAGGGUUAUUUAGUGCAGAUGAUUGGCAAUGUGCCAAGUGUGGGAAUAUCAACUGGGCUCGACGUUCUACCUGUAAUGUUUGCAAUGCCCCAAAAAUUGGCCAUCAAGAAAGAAGAACAGGACUUGGUGGCGGUUUCAAUGAAAGAGAAAAUGUGGAGUACAUUGAACGAAAAGACUCUGAUGACGAGUAUGAUGAUUUUGGAAGGAAAAAGAAAAAAACCAAGCACGAACAGAGUCGAGAUGAGAAACCACGAACAGAAUUUCUUCAAACGAAAAAGUUGAACCUUGAGGACGAAGAAGAGGAUGACGACGACAGUGACGUUGAUCUCUCGAAGUAUGAACUUGAUGACGAUGAUGAAGAUGACGAGCCUACGCAAAAAAAGGAAGAUUCACGGGAUCAGGGAGGACAACAUGGAAACAACGUUGCGUCAAAGAGGUCGGACUCUCGUUCACCGUCGUCCAACGAUCGAAAUGGUAGCCGUCGUAGCUCGUCUGCAAGUUCAUCAUCGAGUUCAUCCAAAACGUCUUCAUCGUCAAGAAGUUCAUCUUCAUCAUCGGAUGGUAGAAGGAGUCGAACUGGUUCGCGUUCAAGAUCCAAAUCACCUAUCUCCAAACAAAGGUUCAAAGACUGAAUUGCUAUGAAGGCUGAAAGAAACUUUGUUGAACGAAUAAAACUGAUGCAUCCAUUGAGAAAUUAUGAACACACUGUAAAUGGAAUGCAUUUUUGUUUGCGUGCUUUGAUGCUUUAGUUUUAAAUAAAUACGCUUUUUCCUUUCAUCUUUAUCAGAACAUGGGGUGAUUUUAAAUCACGAACUUCUAGCUGAAUUGUGACUACCAGAGCUUAUUACAUCUUAGGAUGUUACUAGCUUAUGAUUUGUUUUCUACCAAGCGUUUUCACUGAAAUAAAAAAUGUAUGCUUUUUACAGCAAA